AUACAAGCUCCUGAGUCAUCACGAAUUUCAUGGCACUUCGUGGGACACCAAGAGAAAUUUAUUCCGAUAAUAGUACUAAUUUCAAGGCCACGGAGAAGACGUUACGAGAGGAGCUGAUCAAGAUCGACUUCGAUAAAAUUGCAAUCAAGUUCGACGGCAUUAAAUGGCAAUUUAACCCUCCAGGAGCCCCUCACAUGGGCGGUGCUUGGAAAAGAUUAGUCCGCACAAUCAAAACAGUCCUAAAAAGCAUCUGCCCGAAUUAUUCAUUCAACGACGAAAGCCUGAGGUGUGCUCUAAUGGAAGCACAGUUCAUCAUAAACUCACGUCCGUUAACUUUCGUUAGCCUGGACUCCGAGGACGACUCCGCGCUGACUCCAAACCACCUGCUAAUGGGUUCAUCGAAUGGGUUCAAGCCAAUCAAGGAAGAGAAGAUGAAUUUAAGACGUCAUUGGAACGAGGUAAAACUUUUUGGAGAUCACUUUUGGCAACGCUGGGUGAAGGAGUUUACACCGGUACUUACUAGACGAACAAAAUGGUUCGAAAGAUGUCCCCCUAUAUCAGUCGGAAGCGUAGUCAUUAUCGUCGACGAAAACUUACCUAGAAAUGUAUGGCUUAAGGGCGGCGUGACCAACACUAUCCCCGCCAAGGACGAACAAGUUCGUCGAGCCACUAUUAAAGCGCAGCAUGGGGUCCUCGGUCGACCAGCCACCAAGAUUGCGGUAUUAGAUGUCGGCUUAGAAGAUGAACCAUCCCUAGAACCGGGAGAAGCAAAAGAAGAGAAAAAAAGACAAAGUUUUUAAGCGUGCUCCGCAACGCCAAAUGUAAUACACAUUGAUUCGGAAGCUGAAAUUGAAAUAAAGUUUAUUUCAAAAACGUAGUUUACCGCUAUCCGUCUGUGCCUUCAAUUUGGUAGUGUGGGCUGCUGUAAAACCAAUUCAGUUUCGCUCUCGACAAUAAUAUUGUCAUAUUAAAGGGUAUUUGGUAUCGAGUGUAUUUGGUAUCGCUAAUCUGAGGCACUGUUGUUGUAGAUGAAAGUGUCCAUGAAAUUUUGUUUAAUUUUGUAGACGAUAAGCAAUGCAAAAUGGUGAAAUAAUGGAAGACAAAUUCUCAAUAAAGGUUUUAAUGUUUUACUUUCA